AAUGGACCAGAAAUUUUAUUCUUCGUCAAGAUAUGAAAACCCCGCUCUAACAGAGUUAUGUGACGUAGUUGUGCGAGGUUGUUAUCGAACAGGUGUAUAUGGAUAUAGCUGUGAUAUCAACUGUCCGACCAAAUGUCAAGGCCGGAGAUGCGACAUAGUUAACGGCAAUUGUCUUGGGUGUACAGAAGGAUGGUCAGGAUCGAAGUGUAAUCAAGCUUGUCCCUCCGGGUGGUAUGGACUUGAGUGCAAAUUAAGCUGCUCCGGAAACUGCAGAUACAGCGACAUCUGUAAUCACGUGACAGGGAGAUGUGACAGAGGAUGUGCUUCAGGAUGGAAAGGCUCUCAUUGCAACAAACACUGUAACCCGGGUACUUACGGACCUAACUGUGUGAACACCUGUAGUGGACACUGCUUCAAUGGUGCCUCGUGUAACAGAGUGACCGGGAACUGUGACAGUGGCUGUGCUCCGGGUUAUACAGGGGACCUUUGUGAUACAGAGUGUCUACCUGGUUAUUUUGGGAUGCGUUGUGUAAACACCUGCAGUGGUCAUUGUCUACAUAACCAGAGCUGCCAUCAUGUGGACGGAGUCUGUACAAACGGCUGUGUAGCCGGGUAUCAAGGCACACAGUGUUUUAACAUUUGUACAUCUGGGUUCUAUGGAAUGAAAUGUAAGAAGACCUGUUCUUAUAGAUGUGUAGAAAUUUGUAACCACAUUGAUGGUUUCUGUUCGUGUGCCUCUGGAUGGAUGGAACCUCCAACCUGUAAUACAGAGUGUCCAAACGGGUUCUUUGGAGUGGAUUGCGGUUUCCAGUGUAGCGAUAACUGUGUCAAAAAUGAGACCUGUAACAGAUUUGAAGGAACGUGUGAUGGAGGCUGUCAGGGGUCCUACAGCGGGAUCAUCUGUGAUCAUCAGGUCCUUGUAUCGUAUACGGAGGUAGACUGUGGACAUGAUGGCCCCUCCCCAGCAGUAAUAACAGUCAUCACUGUCUCCGCCAUAUUAAACAUCACAGGACUCUCUGUUUGCUUCUUAUCAUUCAGACAUCGCAUAAUGGCCUGGUGGAAAAUAAUUGGAAGGAAAAAUACACGUUAUACUGGAACAGAAAUGAAAACUAUGUCGAAGAAUGGAGAAGAUUCUCAUCAUUAUCAAGAAAUAAAUGUUAAAUCAUAUCAGAAUUUAACACUUAAUUCAUAGAUUUUUUUUACAACAGGGUAAAAACACCAUAAAGUAUAAUCAUACACGCUGUUAAUUAACAAUGAAUGGAUAGGCCUUUAACAUGAUGUAUGUUUAAUUCAUGAUAAAGAAAUAAAUAUAUAAUUAAACCAUAAAACAAUACUUAUGCUUAUUUUUGGAAUAAAAUUCAUUUCCAUGUAAAUAUCUAUAAAAAUAUAACCAAUAUACAAUAAAUGUAAUUUGCAUAUACGGUGAAACAUAUGGAGAUAAGGAACAGUAUUCAAGAUCAACAAUCCAUAAAAUAAUACAAAAUAGGAGCAGAACAAACAAGGACC